AUGGGGCGGGAGGCAGCAGGGAGAGGGGCAAGAGCGGGGCGGCGAGCGAGAGUGUGUCCGGCCGCGGCGUCGGCAGAGGGGCAGAAGGAGUGGCCUCUGAGAUUGGGGUCUCCAGUCAGUGAAGUGGACUCAGCCUCAAAUCCCUACAACCCCAGGGCUCAGAGUGACGUGAAGAAGAGGCAACAGAAAGAGAAGUCCAAGAAGCCGGUACCACCGGUGGCUCCUCGUCCAGCCAGGGCUCUGUUCUGCUUAACUUUGGAAAACCCUCUGCGGAAGGCAUGCAUCAGCAUCGUGGAGUGGAAACCCUUCGAGAUCAUCAUCCUCUUCACCAUCUUUGUCAACUGUGUUGCUCUGGCCAUCUACCUGCCCAUGCCUGAAGAUGACACCAACGUGGCCAACUCCAGCCUGGAGAAGAUCGAGUAUGCCUUCCUUAUCUUCUUCGCCAUUGAGGCCAUGCUCAAGAUAAUCGCCUACGGCUUUCUGUUCCACGCGGAUGCCUAUCUCCGAAACGGCUGGAACGUGCUUGACUUUUCCAUUGUGACUCUAGGGCUCAUCACCAUGACCCUGGAGCAGGUCAAUGCAAAGCAGGGMGGGACUUCGGGGGGAAAAGGCGGCUUUGACGUGAAGGCCCUGCGAGCGUUUCGUGUGCUGAGACCCCUGCGCCUGGUGUCCGGAGUGCCGAGCCUUCAGGUUGUCCUGAACUCCAUCAUCAAGGCCAUGGUGCCCCUGCUCCACAUCGCCUUACUGGUCCUCUUCAUGAUCAUCAUCUACGCCAUCGUUGGGCAGGAGCUCUUCAAGGGCAGGAUGCAYAAGACCUGCUACUACGUCGGGACAGAUGUGAUUGCCACYGUGGGAUCGGAGAUGCCAGCCCCGUGCACCAGCUCUGGCGUGGGGCGACACUGCACCAUCAAYGGCAGCGAGUGCCGUGGCGGCUGGCCAGGGCCCAACAAUGGCAUCACCCACUUCGACAACUUCGGCUUUGCCAUGCUCACUGUCUACCAGUGCAUCACCAUGGAGGGCUGGACUGAAGUUCUCUACUGGGUAAAUGAUGCCAUGGGGAAUGAAUGGCCCUGGAUCUACUUUGUCAGCCUUAUACUGCUUGGCUCCUUCUUUGUGCUCAACCUGGUGCUGGGGGUGCUCAGUGGAGAGUUCACCAAGGAGCGUGAGAAGGCCAAGUCGAGGGGCACGUUCCAGAAGCUGCGGGAGAAGCAGCAGCUGGAGGAGGAUCUGAAGGGCUACAUGGACUGGAUCACCCACGCUGAGGUCAUGGACAGUGAUCGGGCCAGGGGAGAAGGUAUGAUGCCUUCAGAUGAAGGAGGGUCAGAGACAGAGAGCUUGUAUGAAAUUGAGGGCAUGAACAAGUGGAUUCUCUUCUUCCGGCAGUGGAGGCGCUGGAACCGAAUGUUUCGCAGGAAGUGCAGGGAUGUGGUGAAGUCCAAGUUCUUCUACUGGCUYGUCAUCCUGAUGGUGGCACUGAACACCCUCUCCAUCGCCUCUGAGCACCACUUCCAGCCAGAAUGGCUGACACAGGUGCAAGACAAUGCCAACCGGCUGCUGCUUGCCCUCUUUGUGGCCGAGAUGCUGCUGAAGAUGUACGCGCUGGGGCUGCGCCAGUACUUCAUGUCGCUCUUCAAUCGCUUCGACUGCUUUGUGGUGUGUUCGGGGGUGCUGGAGAUCAUCCUCGUGGAGCUGGGUACCCUGUCCCCUCUGGGCAUCUCCGUGCUGCGCUGCAUCCGCCUCCUCCGCAUCUUCAAGAUCACCAGGUACUGGACAUCUUUGAGCAACCUGGUGGCCUCUCUGCUCAACUCAGUCCGCUCCAUUGCCUCUCUCCUCCUCCUCCUCUUCCUCUUCAUCAUAGUUUUUGCCCUGCUGGGCAUGCAGCUCUUUGGGGGCAAGUUUGAUUUUGAGGACAUGGAAGUGCGGCGCAGCACAUUUGACAACUUUCCCCAGGCUCUCAUCAGUGUCUUCCAGAUCCUGACCGGAGAGGACUGGAAUUCAAUCAUGUAUGAUGGGAUCAUGGCCUAUGGGGGCCCGUCCUUUCCUGGCAUGCUGGUCUGCAUCUACUUCAUCAUCCUCUUUGUUUGUGGGAACUACAUCCUCCUCAAUGUUUUCCUGGCCAUUGCAGUCGAUAACCUGGCUGAGGCCGAGAGCUUGACUCUGGCCCAGAAGGCCAAGGCAGAGGAGCGCAAACGGCGGAAGAUGUCCAGAGGUUACCCAGAGAAGUCUGAAGAGGAGAAGCAGAUGCUGGCAAAGAAACUGGAGCAGAAAGCAAAGGGAGAAGGGAUUCCCACAACAGCCAAGUUGAAAGUGGAUGAAUUUGAAUCCAAUGUCAAUGAGAUCAAAGACCCCUACCCUUCUGCAGACUUCCCAGGUGAYGAUGAGGAAGAUGAGCCUGAAAUCCCCCUGAGUCCUCGGCCACGUCCCCUUGCAGAGCUACAGCUGAAGGAGAAGGCCGUGCCCAUGCCUGAAGCCAGCUCCUUCUUCAUCUUCAGCCCAACCAACAAGUUUCGGGUCCUGUGCCACAGAACUGUCAAUGCCACCUGGUUCACCAACUUCAUCCUGCUCUUCAUCCUGCUCAGCAGCAUCUCACUGGCAGCUGAGGAUCCCAUCCGGGCCGAUUCCUUCCGCAACAAGAUUCUUGGAUACUUUGACAUUGGUUUCACCUCUGUCUUCACAGUUGAAAUCGUCUUGAAGAUGACAACCUAUGGUGCUUUCCUGCACAAAGGCUCCUUCUGCAGGAACUCCUUCAACAUCCUGGACUUACUGGUGGUCGCUGUCUCCCUCAUCUCCAUGGGAUUYGAGUCCAGCACCAUCUCGGUGGUGAAGAUCCUCCGGGUGCUGAGGGUGCUGAGGCCUCUGCGAGCCAUUAACAGGGCRAAGGGGCUGAAACACGUGGUGCAGUGUGUGUUUGUGGCCAUCAAGACUAUCGGUAACAUCGUGGUUGUCACGACGCUGCUGCAGUUCAUGUUUGCCUGCAUCGGGGUUCAGCUCUUCAAGGGCAAGUUCUAUUGGUGCACAGACCCAUCCAAGCUGACGGAGAAGGAGUGCAGGGGUAAAUUCAUCAACUACGUGGAUGCAGACCCCACRCAGAUUGUGGUCGAGGACCGUGUCUGGCUGGCCAACGACUUCCACUUCGACAAUGUCUUCUCAGCCAUGAUGUCACUCUUCACAGUGUCCACCUUCGAGGGCUGGCCACAGCUGCUGUACAGGGCCAUUGACACAAAUGCAGAGGACACAGGCCCUAUCUACAAUUACCGGCGUGAGAUUGCAAUAUUCUUCAUCAUCUACAUCAUCCUCAUUGCCUUCUUCAUGAUGAACAUCUUUGUGGGCUUUGUCAUCGUCACCUUCCAGGAGCAAGGGGAGAAUGAGUACAAGAACUGUGAGCUGGACAAGAACCAGCGCCAGUGUGUGCAGUAUGCCCUGAAGGCUCGCCCGCUGCGCUGCUACAUCCCCAAGAACCCCUACCAGUACCAGAUCUGGUACGUGGUCACCUCRUCCUACUUCGAGUACCUCAUGUUCUUCCUGAUCCUGCUGAACACCAUCUGCCUGGGCAUGCAGCAUUACAACCAGUCUGAAGAAAUGAACCAUGUCUCAGACAUCCUCAAUGUGGCCUUCACCAUCCUGUUCACCCUGGAGAUGGUCCUCAAGAUCAUGGCCUUUAAAGUCAAGGGCUACUUUGGGGACCCCUGGAAUGUCUUUGACUUCCUGAUAGUGAUUGGCAGCAUCAUUGAUGUCAUCCUCAGCGAGAUCGAUGACCCCGACGACAACUCCCGCGUCUCCAUCACUUUUUUCCGGCUGUUCCGGGUGAUGCGUCUGGUGAAGCUGCUGAGCCGGGGUGAAGGUGUCAGGACCCUCCUGUGGACCUUCAUCAAGUCCUUUCAGGCUCUGCCCUACGUGGCCCUGCUGAUUGUGAUGCUUUUCUUCAUCUAUGCUGUGAUUGGGAUGCAGAUGUUUGGGAAGAUUGCCAUGGUGGAUGGGACCCAGAUCAACCGAAACAACAACUUCCAGACCUUUCCACAAGCUGUGCUGCUGCUCUUCAGGUGUGCCACUGGCGAGGCGUGGCAGGAGAUCUUGCUGGGCUGCAGCUACGGCCAGCGCUGCGACCCGGAGUCGGACUACGCCGAGGGCGAGGAGUACACCUGUGGCACCGGCUUUGCCUACUUCUAUUUCAUCAGCUUCUACAUGCUCUGUGCCUUCCUGAUCAUUAACCUCUUCGUGGCUGUCAUCAUGGACAACUUUGACUACCUGACACGGGACUGGUCCAUCCUUGGGCCCCAUCACCUGGAUGAGUUCAAACGGAUCUGGGCUGAGUACGACCCCGAGGCCAAGGGGAGAAUCAAACACCUGGAUGUGGUGACUCUGCUGAGGCGUAUCCAGCCACCCCUGGGCUUUGGGAAGUUCUGCCCACACCGUGUGGCUUGUAAGCGCCUGGUGUGCAUGAACAUGCCCCUGAACAGCGAUGGCACCGUCACCUUCAAUGCCACCCUCUUUGCCCUGGUGAGAACAGCCCUCAAGAUCAAGACAGAAGGUAAUUUUGAACAGGCCAACGAGGAGCUCAGAGCUAUUAUCAAAAAAAUCUGGAAGCGAACRAGUAUGAAGCUUUUGGACCAGGUGAUCCCACCUAUUGGAGAUGAUGAGGUGACAGUGGGCAAAUUCUAUGCCACUUUCCUGAUCCAAGAACAUUUCAGGAAGUUCAUGAAGCGCCAGGAGGAAUAUUAUGGGUACCGGCCCAAGAAAAACGCUGUGGAGAUCCAGGUUGGUGUGGGUGGUGCUGGAGGUGUSAUUCUUCCUGGAG